AUGUUCCGCACCUCCCUCCGCAGGGCUGCGGCCUUCCAGCCCUCGAGGCCAUGCUUCGGUGCCUUCUCCGCCACCGCUGCCCGCCAGUACAGCGCCGCCGCCGGCACUGCCGAUAUGGACCCUUCCAAGCUCAAGGUCGAGAAGAGCACCCAGCCCAAGCCCCUUCUUGAGCCCAAGGAGCUCGUCUUUGGCCGCAACUUCACUGACCAUAUGCUCACCAUCGAAUGGACCAAAGAGAAUGGCUGGAACGCGCCCGAGAUCAAGCCUUACCAGAACCUCUCUCUCGACCCCGCCACCUGCGUCUUCCACUACGCUUUCGAGUGUUUCGAGGGCAUGAAGGCGUACAAGGACAAGGCCGGCAAGAUCCGCCUCUUCCGCCCCGACAAGAACAUGGCGCGCUUCAACAAGUCGGCCGCCCGCAUCGCCCUUCCCACUUUCAACCCGCCCGCCCUGAUCGACCUGAUCGCCAAGCUGGUCAAGCUCGACAGUCGCUUCAUCCCCGAGCAGCGCGGCUACUCUCUGUACCUUCGCCCGACCAUGAUCGGCACGCAAAAGACCCUCGGCGUCGGUCCCCCCGGUUCGGCUCUGCUCUACGUCAUCGCCUCCCCCGUCGGCCCUUACUACCCCACGGGCUUCAAGGCCGUCUCGCUCGAGGCGACCGACUACGCCGUGCGCGCCUGGCCCGGCGGUGUCGGUGACAAGAAGCUCGGCGCCAACUACGCGCCCUGCAUCGUGCCCCAGGUCGAGGCCAUGAGCCGCGGUUUCCAGCAGAACCUGUGGCUUUUCGGCGAGGAGGAGUACGUCACCGAGGUCGGCACCAUGAACUUCUUCGUUGCUCUCAAGGACAAGAAGACCGGUCAGAAGACCCUCGUCACCGCUCCCCUCGACGGCACCAUCCUCGAGGGCGUCACGCGUGACUCCGUCCUCGCGCUGGCUCGUGAGAGGCUGGAGCCUGAGGGCUGGAAGAUUGAGGAGCGCAAGUACACGAUGAAGGAGCUUGCCGAGGCGGCCAACGAGGGCCGUCUCAUUGAGGCUUUCGGCGCGGGUACCGCCGCUAUCGUGAGCCCGGUCCGCUCCAUCAGCUGGAAGGGCCAGCUCGUCAACUGCGGUCUUAAGCCCGAGGAGGAGAGCGGCGAGCUUACCAUGAAGAUCAAGAACUGGAUGGAGGCCAGGCAGUACGGUGAUGAGGAGCAUGAGUGGAGCUAUGUUUGCGAGUAA